AUGGCAGGAGAGCGCGUACCUGAGAAGAUAACGUCGUCCAAGAUCUUAGCAGAGACCACCGCGACUCUAUCUCUCGAGGUGACCAACUACCUGCAGCUCACGGGCAUGGGCGUCAGCAAAUUCGUUUCUUCCCCGGCCUUCAGAAUCGGCGGCUAUGACUGGCGCAUCGACUUCUUUCUGGACGGAGAAAACGAGGACUGUGCCGGCAACGCCUCAGCGUUCCUGACCUAUCUUAGCCAAGACGUGGACGUGAGCACCAAGUUCAGGAUGAGAAUGCUGGAGAAGAAGGGCCGGUCACCGCCGGUAGCAAGCUUCGACGUGUCGAAGCGCGUCUUCUCUUCGGGGCCAUACAAGGACGAUAGCUGGGGCCACUACAAAUUCGUGGACAAGGCCAAGCUGGAAUCGCUGUCGCAGCUCGGGGACGGCUGCUUCACGGUACUGUGCGACGUGACCGUCACACACGAUUCGCUGCCGGUGGAGCUGCCUUUCCACCUCGGACGCGUGCUCAGAGACGGGAGAGGCACGGACGUUACGUUCCACGUGGGCCGUCGGAAGUUCCACGCUCACAGUCCCGUCCUCGCCGCACGGCCGCCCGUCUUCGAAGCUCAGCUCUAUGGCCCCAUGGCGGACAAGGACAUGGGGCGCGUCAAGAUCGUCGGCGUGAAGCCUUUCAUCUUUGAGACGAUGCUUCACUACAUCUACACGGACUUCCUACCGCCAUGCCCCGAUGAAGGAGGCUAUAGCGCCGCGGCCAUGCAACAUUUACUGGUCGCGGCUGAUAGGUACGGGCUUGACAGACUGAAACUUAUGUGCGAGGAAGAGUUGUGCAAAAGAAUCGAUGCGGAGACCAUCGCAACCAUGUCGAUGCUGGCAGAUCAGCACCACUGCAAGAGGCUCAAGGAUGCAUGCCUAGAGUUGUUUCCGGCUGCCGCACGUGGGCGUCCUCGAGGUAAACGUGUCAAGUCAACCACACCCAUCGUCAGCAACAAGCUCCGUCGUGGUCUAAGAAGUGACACCAAGCUCCGUCGUGUUCUUAGAAGUGACAAGGAAGGAUAUGUUGAGAUGGCGCUCCCAUGA